GGCCUGUGUGAAUGAAUGAAUGAAAACAGCGAAUGAAUGAAAAGCAUGAGACAAUUGUUAUAGUUUGUUUUGCGGAUUUUCAUGGGUUACCACAAAAACAUUUUUGUUUAGUUUUUCUUUUUGCAAAAUUGUAAAGGUAGCGUAGGACGAUGGAGACGCGACACACUUUCGAUAGAUGACAUUUGAUGACAUCGGGGGACACGUUGAUUUUGCAGUCCGGCCCAUGGCGUAACGGUGUAAACAUUGCUGUUUGCUGUUCAUAUUAAGGCAAUAGUACCUAUACAAUGACACGUCAUAAAUAUGAGAGAUGAUUUGCAUUAUACACCAGGUGUCCAUUAUGAUUCCAAUUCCAUAGCCUAUAUAGGAUGGAAUAUCAUUGGACAAUAGCCUGCUGGAGGAGGCAAGGAGCCACAUUCAGCCUCACACUUUGAUGUUGUUUUAACAGUGAGCCACCAUGACAGCCCUUAGGCAGAGGAAGGGCAGCAAAGGAAGUAAGGAGCCUGGUCCAGAAGUCCUGUGCCAGAGGUUCAACCCUUCAGCGGAUCCUUUAGAGAGGUCUUCAGAUGGCGUAUGGACAUGGAGGACAGUGCUAUGGGUUGCCAUAGGUUGGACUGUGGGAAUUAGUCUUGGCAUGCUGUCCUGCAUCUAUGUGGCUACGCUCCAUGAAAAUGACCUGUGGUUUUCCAACAUUAAGGAAGUUGAGCGUGAAAUCUCCUUUCGGACAGAAUGUGGCCUGUACUACUCCUACUAUAAACAGAUGUUGAGAGCUCCCUCCAUACAGCAAGGUCUUUCAGAGCUCAUCAAUGAUAAUGCCACUGAAUCCAAGAGAACCAUCAACCUCCUGCGACGCAUGAACAUCUAUCAGGAGGUGUUCCUAGGUGUUCUCUAUAGGAUUCUACCCAUACAGGCCUACCUGGAGCCAGUGUAUUUCUACAUCUACACCGUGUUUUCCCUCCAAGCGGUGUAUGUCAUAGCCCUGUUCAUCACCAGCUGGCUGCUCAGUGGUUCCUGGCUAGCAGGGGCUCUCACUGGAGUCUGGUACAUCCUCAACAGAGUGGACACAACGCGGGUGGAGUUCACCAUCUCGCUCAGGGAGAACUGGUCCCUGCCCUUCUUCGCUCUCCAGAUAGCUGCCAUCACUUGCUACCUGAGGCCUCACCUCAAACCCAUCCAGCAGAAGGUGGUGUUGUGGCUGAUGUUCCUGGCCACGUUGUGUUUCUGCCUCACCUGGCAGUUUAAUCAGUUCAUCCUGCUGGUUCAGGCUCUCAUCAUCUUCACCCUGGACUGUCUGGACCUCAUCUCCACAGAACAGGUGACCUGCCUGUACCUAGUCCAGGUAAGCAGCCUGCUGUCCGUGUGGCUGCUGCAGUUCUGUAACUCCAUGAUCCUAGGCUCUCUGGCUCUCAGCUUCAUUGUGGCCGCUCUCUUUGUCAAGCACUUCCAGAGAGGGCUGAAGACUGGAGGUCUCGCAGCGCGGCUGGGAAAGCUGCUCCUUCACACCGUCCUCGUCCUUGCACUAACAUUCACUAUUAAUUAUUUAGCCAAGCAAGCGUUGCAGCUCCGAUCUGACGAACACAUCUUUAAAUUCAUAAAGUCCAAAUUUGGCUUGGGCCCUACCAGAGAUUUCGAUGCCAGUCUGUACCUUUGUGAGGAAGCCUUUGGGCUGCUUCCCUUGGACACGUUUGACCGCUUGGCUGGCACUCUGCUGGCAUACCCUUACCUCGUCACCCUGAUUGUGCUCCUGGUGAUGCUGGCGCUGGUAACACUGGCCAACCUCUGUGAUUCUUCAGUGGUCGGGCGGCCGCCGAAAGGCCGAUGUGAGGCGCGGCCGAUCUGUAUGCGGGCAGAUGUCGCCUACAAUCUGUUACACACCGUCUUCUUCGGCCUCCUGGCGCUCGGCACCAUGAGAAUGAAAUAUCUGUGGACUGGCCAUAUGUGUGCCUUUGCUGCCUAUGGCGUUUGUGGCAAGGAGCUGUGGUCCCUCUGCCUUAACAUGAUUCACUGUAACACUAAAACAAAGCUGAGGCUGAUCAGGUACACGCUUCCACUUGUCAUUCUGUGUUUUCUAUAUUACAAGUUCUGGCCCAAACUGAUGACGGAAGUAUCAGAACUGAGAGAAUUCUACGACCCUGACACCGUUGAGCUGAUGACCUGGAUUAGCUCGAAGACCCCCAAGAAGGCGGUGUUUGCUGGCAGCAUGCAGCUGCUAGCUGGGAUCAAACUGUGCACAGGGAGAGUCCUGACUAACCACCCACACUAUGAAGACCGAGCUCUGAGAGAGAGGACCAAACAGGUGUAUCAGAUCUACGCCCAGCAAUCCCCAGAGGAGGUCCACGGGAUCCUGCACGCGGCGGGGGCUGAUUUCGUGGUGAUGGAGGACAGCAUCUGCUACGAGAGGAGGCAUGGCCGGGGCUGCAGGCUCCGAGACCUGCUGGAUCUGGCCAACGGACAUAUCAUGGAUGGCCCUGGGGACAACGACCCAGACUUGGUCCACGCCACCCACCCUCGCUUCUGUGAGUCCAUCAAGACAGACGGCCCUGCCUACACCGCCCUCUUCACCCGCGUUUUCCAAAACAAGACCUUCCACGUCUAUAAGCUGAAGAGGGGCAAGAAGAGAGCCAAGUCCGACAGAGAGCCAGUGGCCAUGGAGGAUAAAACCCAGUAAUAAGACCCUGGGGACCCCAUAAACAACCCCCGCCCACCCAUAUCCAGAAGCUCCCCAGUCUCCGUCUCAGCCUCCUGCUCCCUUCCAUGUUGAUAACCUGAUGACUGCUCUGUGCUCCCUGCUCUCUGGUCUACUCGACUUCAUCUGGAACCAUGGCUACACUCUCCCUCCCUCCUUCCAUCCCUCCCUGCGCCACGGCAGCCAGAGGCAGGUAAUCACGGCCGGCUGACACGGCGCUGAUUUGAGCAGCGUCUGAUUGUGGUGGGCGAGCAGAUGAGCACAUGCAUAUCAAACCAGGGCUUUGUGUCAGGAAGCUCAUGUUUAAACAGGAGAGGAGAGAUGACGGCACAUCACAACAACAUUCACGGCUCUCUCUCGCUUUCACCCAGACUAAAGGCAGAGCAGAGAAGAAAGAGGAGAGGGACCUUUGAGAGGGAGCUGAUUGAAAGCUAGAGCAGUGGGGGUAAUUAUUGCGAGGACCAGUCUGGUCUCUUUGGUGGCUGGGGCUGCAGCCUGACUGCACAGCUGCACCCUGUGCCAUUUCCUUGUUUUUAAACCGUGCCAUGGCUCGUCUCCACUUGUUAAUGAGGACUCCUCUUUUGAUACUCUCUCACAGAAACACAAAAGUUCUGCAUAGGUUGUCAGUUGUGGUGUAUCAAGGGGAAGUGGCAUUCUCAUUGUAAUGCAUUAACAGUCCUAUCACUGUGAAGAGUAUUUGCUUGUUCAUUCCGUUGCAUUGAAAUUGGAUGUUUAAUUUAGGAGUUGGCAAAUAAUACAUUUUACGAGGGAGAAGUAAUUUCAUUAUGUUUGCCUAAUAAGUGCAUACUAAUGUAAUGGUUUUGAGCAUUGACAUUCUUCAUUUUCAUAUUUAUUAAUAAUUCAGUUUAAGAUGCAUUGGUCAUUUAAACCGACAGUAUUUUUUUUAAAUGAGCAAAUGUUAGAGCAAAUCAUGUAUUAACUGUGUCUAUUCGCUCCCAACCCAACACCACAGAAUCAUACAGUAUUAUGUAGAAGGACUGCAUUGUGGGUAAACCAUGACCACUGGUCAAUGUUGAAUUAGGUGAAUGGUUAACAUAUUCAGGGCAACUGGUCUAUGUAGGACUGGCUAACAUACCGUGGGUAUCAGAGGUAUUCAGCCUUGGAUUUUGUUUCCCGUCGGUGGGCUACAAAGUGGGAUUGAAAUAGAUUUAAUUGUAAUUUCCUCGUCAUGGAUUUACACAAAAUACACAACGUCAAAGUGAAAAGAAUUUAAAUAAUAAAAUGUAUACAGAUGACUAAACAUUAAAUGACUAAAAUAAAGUUGUUGAAUAUAAGUAUGCACCCCCUUUGUUUUGCCUAAAUUAGUUUGUUGGUAACAUUUGGCUUAACAAAUCACAAGUUACAUGGGAAAUAAUAGGGGUUGACAUUAUUUUUUGAAUGGCUACCCCUUCCUCUGUCCCCCAUACAAGGUCCCUCAGUCAAGAAUUGAAUUUCAGGCACAGAUUCAACUACAAAGACCAGAGGGGUAUACAACGACGCAAGCUACAGUAGAUCUACUCAGGGUUAACUAAAGCUAGCCAGCUUCAGUUACUUUCCCAUUCCAGCUCAGGCUUCAUCCGUACUACCACGGGGGAUAUUGCUUGUCCGUCUACCAAACUGCAUGUUGCACGUUGCUAGUCAAACACCAGACUUUUCAUUGAGACUGCGUGUGCAUGUUGCACGUGGCUAGUCAAACACCAGACUUUUCAUUGAGACUGCGUGUGCAUGUUGCACGUGGCUAGUCAAACACCAGACUUUUCAAUGAGACUGCGUGUGCAUGUUGCACGUGGCUAGUCAAACACCAGACUUUUCAUUGAGACUGCAUGUGCAUGUUGCACGUGGCUAGUCAAACACCAGACUUUUCAUUGAGACUGCGUGUGCAUGUUGCACGUGGCUAGUCAAACACCAGACUUUUCAUUGAGACUGCGUGUGCAUGUUGCACGUGGUUAGUCAAACACCAGACUUUUCAUUGAGACUGCGUGUGCAUGUUGCACGUGGCUAGUCAAACACCAGACUUUUCAUUGAGACUGCAUGUGCAUGUUGCACGUGGCUAGUCAAACAACAGACUUUUCAUUGAGACUGCGUGUGCAUGUUGCACGUGGCUAGUCAAACACCAGACUUUUCAUUGAGACUGCGUGUGCAUGUUGCACGUGGCUAGUCAAACACCAGACAUUUCAAUGAGACUGCGUGUGCAUGUUGCACGUGGCUAGUCAAACACCAGACUUUUCAUUGAGACUGCGUGUGCAUGUUGCACGUGGCUAGUCAAACACCAGACUUUUCAUUGAGACUGCGUGUGCAUGUUGCACGUGGCUAGUCAAACACCAGACUUUUCAUUGAGACUGCGUGUGCAUGUUGCACGUGGCUAGUCAAACACCAGACUUUUCAUUGAGACUGCAUGUGCAUGUUGCACGUGGCUAGUCAAACAACAGACUUUUCAUUGAGACUGCGUGUGCAUGUUGCACGUGGCUAGUCAAACAACAGACUUUUCAUUGAGACUGCGUGUGCAUGUUGCACGUGGCUAGUCAAACACCAGACUUUUCAUUGAGACUGCGUGUGCAUGUUGCACGUGGCUAGUCAAACAACAGACUUUUCAUUGAGACUGCGUGUGCAUGUUGCACGUGGCUAGUCAAACACCAGACUUUUCAUUGAGACUGCGUGUGCAUGUUGCACGUGGAUCGUCAAACACCAGACUUUUCAUUGAGACUGCGUGUGCAUGUUGCACGUGGCUAGUCAAACACCAGACUUUUCAUUGAGACUGCGUGUGCAUGUUGCACGUGGCUAGUCAAACACCAGACUUUUCAUUGAGACUGCGUGUGCAUGUUGCACGUGGCUAGUCAAACACCAGACUUUUCAUUGAGACUGCGUGUGCAUGUUGCACGUGGCUAGUCAAACACCAGACUUUUCAUUGAGACUGCGUGUGCAUGUUGCACGUGGCUCGUCAAACACCAGACUUUUCAUUGAGACUGCGUGUGCAUGUUGCACGUGGCUAGUCAAACACCAGACUUUUCAUUGAGACUGCGUGUGCAUGUUGCACGUGGCUCGUCAAACACCAGACUUUUCAAUGAGACUGCGUGUGCAUGUUGCACGUGGCUAGUCAAACACCAGACUUUUCAUUGAGACUGCGUGUGCAUGUUGCACGUGGCUAGUCAAACACCAGACUUUUCAUUGAGACUGCGUGUGCAUGUUGCACGUGGCUAGUCAAACACCAGACUUUUCAUUGAGACUGCGUGUGCAUGUUGCACGUGGCUAGUCAAACACCAGACUUUUCAUUGAGACUGCGUGGGCAUGUUGCACGUGGCUAGUCAAACACCAGACUUUUCAUUGAGACUGCGUGUGCAUGUUGCACGUGGCUAGUCAAACACCAGACUUUUCAUUGAGACUGCGUGUGCAUGUUGCACGUGGCUAGUCAAACACCAGACUUUUCAUUGAGACUGCGUGUGCAUGUUGCACGUGGCUAGUCAAACACCAGACUUUUCAUUGAGACUGCGUGUGCAUGUUGCACGUGGCUAGUCAAACACCAGACUUUUCAUUGAGACUGCGUGUGCAUGUUGCACGUGGCUAGUCAAACACCAGACUUU